AUGAAGGCAGUCUUCAGCUUGAAUGCAGAUGAUUAUAACGAAUUACCACUUUUUGAGGGAGGUUUCAAGGAUACUUCAGAAGAAAUACGAAAUUUGGUUAUAGAUGAAUUAUUGAGAUUAUACAAAACAUCACUAGUGCCAAUGAAGCCACUCGUUACGAGUUUAUUUCCCAUAUUAUUUAUGGCAUUGCAUCAAUCUUUAGUGUGGGAAAUACAAUCAUCACAAUUACCAAGGCAAAAAAGAGGACAUCAAUCAAGUUAUGAUAUGGCAGGUUUACAUGAGGAUGUAAUGUAUGGGAUUGUAUCAACUGAGUUCUCUGUCGCCCUCACCACUACCAAUUAA